AUGCCACCAAAGACUAAACAAGUUAAGCAAAUACCACCACAAAUAAAGAUAGAAGAAAAGGAAGAAACUAAAAUAAAUCAAACUCCUAAUAAUGGCAAAUCAGUUUAGAAGUAGUAAUAGUAAGCCAUGACUGAAAAACCUUAGCCUAAAAUAGAUAAAAAAUAGGCAGUAAAUUAGAAUAAGAAACAGAAGCCUUAAGAAGAGUAAAAGAUUUCAGAGAAAAAUCAAUAGAACUCAAUCAAAAAUAAGGAAAAAGAGAAGCCAUAGUCGUAGCAAGCCAAAAAGGAAGCUGCUAAAGGAAAGGAUUAGAGUCACUCAUAAAAAAGAGAGAAGUUAGCAUAAAUUCAUUCGUAGUAGUAUUCAUAGUAAAAUUAAUAUCAGUUUAAAGAUGAGAAAUACCCAAUUAAAUUAAUGUUAAAUGAUUUCUUAAGAUAAAAGCAAGGCAUUUUUAAAUCUGAGAUAAUUGAAACUGAUUGCUUGUAACUGGCCAUUUAAGAAACAUUUCCACUAUUUAUCUUAACAGAUAAUUAUCACUUCAUUAAUGCUUGCUUAUCAACUGAAUUAUGGGAGAAACUCAAAGUUAAGCAACUAAGCAAGACUAAACUCAAACUGUGCGAUAUGCUAAAUAUGAAACUGAAGAUCACCAAACUUCAACUGCAGCUAAGACAAGUAAACUCAAAGGAGAUAUUUACUAGUUUCGCCUCGCUAGAAGUGAGACUGAUUAUUCAUGAUACAGAGAUACUAUUCAAUGAGCAAUUCGCUAAAAGGAAGUUCACUAAUUCUGUGUUUAAAGAUGAGGAGAUAAGAACUCUGAUACAUAUGAAAUUCCAUCACUUAAUGAAGUAGCAUUUACAAGCAACUAAGACUGCAUUGCUAGUUAAUAUUCCCAAGAAGAUAUUUGAUAUAAAGAAAUAGAAGAAAGUUUCCAUAAUAGAUGUGAGUGUUUAUGUCUAGCCAGAUAAGCCAGAGGAAAAAAUAAUAGCAAACGAUGGAACUGUAAUCCCUUUUAAGUGGAUAAAUUAACAAGAAAACCUUGUGGAUAAUGUAAUAGAGAUCUCAGCUAUAAUGAUUCAGGAGAGAGGCUAGGACUAUUACAACAGUUUGGUUGAGAGACGAAAAAAGCAGGAAGAAAUGAAAAAGCAGAGAGACUAGCGAGAGUAAAGAUCUAGUACUCCUCCGAGAUAUCAUUAAUUCACAAGAUAGAAGGAGUACGCUGAUAAAAUUAAGAUCAAGCAUCAAGUCAAGAAGGAUAAGAAUAACUUAACAAUAGCUGCUGAGGAGCUCAAUUCAGCCAAUCUUUAAAUUAAAAAUCUAUCAACUUUUAAGUUAAAAUCAACUGAUAAAAUCAGAGUUAAAGAGGAAAAUGAAAAGAAGUUAUAGCCACUCAUCAUGAGAGAUGACACAAUCAAAAGAGACAUGAAGGGCUUCUAUGACAGCACUCAUGAUUUCAGCAUACCUUUGAUUAAAGGAACCUAGAGUUUGAAAUCUAACUAAGUUACUACAAAGCCCUUGUCACUCGAACAGUAAGUUGAGCUAAGGAAUAUUAUCAAGGAGGACUCUUCUUAGAGUCCUGUGAAAGAAAUAUUUAUACUUAAGGGGAAUGAAAAAGAGCCUAUUAGUAAAAGUAAAGAGUUGCCUAAGAUUUAAAAUGAAUAGAUAGAUGAAGAAUCUAAUGAAGAAGAAUCUGAUGUAGAGAUGGCAGAAGAAUAGGGAAAUAAUGAUUAGCAUGAUAGCGAGGAGGAAGAAGAAGAGGAAGAAAAUGAAGAAGAGGAAGAAAACGAAGAAGAAGAAGAUGUUGAAAUGGAAAAUUAGGAUGAAGUAGAACAAGAUUAAAUGCUGUAAAUAAAUAAAAAUUAACCAAAACCAGAUGCUGGAGAAGAAAUAUAAUCGAAUAAUGAAGAAGAUGAAAAUGCUAAUGAUGAUGAAGGAGGAAAAAGUGAGGACGAAAGUGAAGGUGAAGAUGAAGAUGAAGAAGAGAGUGACAUUGAAAGUAAUUAGAAUAGUUCUUCCUAGUCUAAAGAAAGCACUGCGUAAAAAUAUGACUCCAAAGAUCCAAUUCUUCUAUAAUCUUAAAACCUAUAAUCAUAAUCAAAAUAAAUUCACCAGACUAAGAUUUAAAGUGACGAAGAAUAAUCUUAAGUAGUGGAUAUAGUUGAAGAGUCAAGUGAUGAUCAGAUCUAGAUAACUAGAAAUAGAUCUAAUUAGUCAAGCAUAAAGUCUUCUCCAGAGUCUUAGACUUUAAAAUAGAUUAACUUGAAAGAUAAAAGAGAUGAGAAACUUAAUGAAAAGUAAUAAACAAAGAAUAAUUACAAUCAAAAGCAAUAACCUUAGUAUAUUCAAAAAUAGCAGUAGUAAUAGCCAAUUAAAACUGAGGUUCAAAUUAAAUUAGCAAUCGUUAAAUAAAGAAAAUUUUCAAUCUAAAUCAAUAUCAACUCUAAGUAAAAUGAGUCAAAAGAUACCCACAAACAAAAAUGUGGAAAAAACAUUACAGUCUAAUAUUUAAAGAGAUGA